AUGUUUAAACAAAAUCCAAUUCUUAAUCUAUUUUCUGAUGAUUUUGAUAUCAGUUCCUUUUUCUGCCAAAAUAGGUAAUUGAAUAAAUUGAAAAGGUAAGAUAUAGUAAAAAAAACAGACUAAAGCUAUGAUUAUAGAUUGAAAAGAAUGAUAAUUGAUUGUGGCAAUAAAUGUGGGAUUAAGUAUUUGAGACCGAAUAAAAAUCAGAUAACAUUUAUGAAGAUUAGAAAUUGUUCUAUAAUGCUUAAAUAAAGUGGGAACAGUGAAUUGCCUAAUAUGAAUUAAAGAACAAGAAAUAAGAGUGUGUAACCUUCUCGAAUUGAGUAGCAAUUUGAGAUUGGAGCUUGGACUAAGGAGAGUUGGUCGAGUGUCUGA